GGUGCGGCGGUGAAUACGCGGAGGAAGAAGCCGGUCGCCGUCGUGUCGGCUGGUGAGGCGCGCUGAGAUUCACCGGAGACAUGUCGGCGAUGUCCUGGGGCACGGCCGCGGGCCGUCGCCGCCGGGUCGUCGCGGCGACGCGUCGCGGGGGGAUGCGCGCCGCCCUGCUGAUCGUCGCCCUCGUCCUCGGGCUGCUGUCGGGCACCGCCGUCGGCGAGAAGAGCAAGAAAUACCAGAUGAGCGACGUCUGCAAGAAGUACUUCCUGCGGGAUCUCUACAGGAAGAUAGACGGCGCCGUUCUUACCUCGCAAAAUGAGAGGGAGCUCGAUUGCGCCAUUACUUUCCAGACUCACAGCAUCCUCCAGCGGUUCAUGCUCCGAUUCGAUCAGCUGCAGUUAGACUGCAACGACCAUCUCUACAUCUACGAUGGCGCGCACGCGGUUGGCAGUUACAAGGCAGACCUAUCCUGCAGAAACACGAAGCAGACUGUGGGCGCGAUUUACACGCGCACAAACUUCGUGACGUUGAAAUACGUCACCGAUGCCUGGGGCACCAACUCGAAUGGCUUCCGCCUCGUCAUCACAGCCGUCAAGGAUCCGAAACACACCUGCAAAGACUUUCGAUGCACGCAGAACGAAUUCUGCAUCGAAACGGAUCUCCUUUGUGACGGCGUGAAUCACUGCGGCGACGGAUCUGACGAGGCCACUUCCACCCUCUGUGCCAAUUCCGAGGCAUCGACGAUCCUAGGCAUGCAGACUACUUGGUUCGCUAUCGCCCUUGUUUUUCUGAUACUCAGUAUGGGCGGCCUGGUAACGGCGGCGGUUCUCUGCUUUUGCAGGCAGCGUGUUCCUACCCCGAGGCACCCCCAUAACGCGCACAAUGCUCAGUCUCAUCCCCCAGUCAGCUUCCCAUGGAUUCCAAGCUCGUCGAGGCUCGUCCACUACGUGUCGUUCCUCUGUCGCGGAGUUUCGCCCGCAACGUUCGGCCAGUCAUUGUAUCGACCAGUUGCCGCCAGACAGUCGCUUGGAAUCAUUCGCAGACAUAUCUUCGCGCGAUACCACGGUCAAGGUGGAGCUUCCAACGGAUCUAAGAUGACGACCACCAACCAGGCUGGUUGUCUACCAACCUGGAGGAUUUUCACGGUUCUUCUAGUAGUUUGCAAGAUCAUUAUAGCCGCGAAUACGCAGCCCUUUGUCGUGAGCAACACGGUGGACGACCAGCACGGUAAAGAUUUCUUUGUUGGGCCCUGUUUGGUAAACACCAAUCAGACCUGCCCCGAUGAAGAAGUUACGUUUUUCCUCUACACCAAACACAAUCCAAACGAGGGACAGCAGUUGUUGGUGAACGACACCAGCUCGAAUCUUGCCGAUACUAACUUCGUGGCGGCGAUGCCCACGAAGAUCAUCGUGCACGGUUACAAUUCGGACAUGCAGCUAAGUUACUUGGUGAAUAUUCGGGACGAGUACUUGAAGAAGGGCAGUUACAAUCUCAUAGCGGUCGACUACCAUCGUCUGGCGGUGGCACCGUGUUAUCCCAUAGCCGUCCACAAUGUGCCUCACGUGGGCGAUUGUCUGGCACAGCUGGUCGACCGUCUGAGGGACUACGGUGCCAAGGAUAUCCACGUGAUUGGCUUCAGUCUGGGCGCCCAUGUACCGGCUUUCGCGGCCAAUGUGCUACAACCGUACAAGCUAACGAGAAUCACCGGUCUCGAUCCAGCAAUGCCGCUCUUCAUCACCGUCAACAGGAAAGAGAAGCUCGACUCUAGCGACGCACAAUUCGUCGAUGUGUUGCAUACGAAUGCCUUCAUUCAGGGCAAGAUCGAACCGAGCGGUCAUAUUGACUUUUAUAUGAAUGGAGGAGUCAACCAGCCCGGAUGUUGGGAACAUGGAAAUCCCUUUGGAUGCAACCAUCACAGGGCGGCGGAGUACUUCGCCGAGUCGAUCAACUCGAAAGUCGGUUUUUGGGGCUAUCCUUGUUUCAACUUUGUAACUUAUCUUUUAGGUCUCUGCCCACCCAGAUUUCCUGCGGUGAAGAUGGGUGAAGAUGUUAAUAGAAAGUAUCGGGGUUUUUAUCUGGUAAAGACGAAGGCGAAUAGUCCGUACGCGGAAGGUCCGUUCACAGUGGAGGAUCCUUAUCAGCAGAAUCUUUACAAGUCGCGUAAAAUGUUAUAAAGAAAUAUACGUUUUAAUUAAUGAAACGUAAGAAGAGCAUAUCUCUACGAAAAUGUAAUAAACUCCUUGUAUUAAAGCCAUACAAGAAAAGUGAAAACACUUUGAUAGACUGCCAAGUAUUUUGUCAGGGAAAUGUAAGUCGUUCAUCAUAAACUGUAGUGAAUUUUAAAUAAAAUUUGUGUAGAAAUAUUAUACAAUUUAGUAUAAGAGAAAAGUGUAAAUUAAUAGGCGCAACGUAUAUGCUUUAAACUUCAAAAGAGUAUUAUGUAAUGCGCAAGUACUUUCUUAAAAAUAAUGUGAUAUAAUUUAUUAUAAAUAGACUUGAUAUAAUCCUACUUAGAAAUUUAUUUAAUUAUAUAGGAACAAAUAGAAAUAAUUAUAUUAGAGAUUGCAAUAAAUUGUUAUCAACAUAGGUAAAUAUAAAACGCGAAUAAAAUUAUCUAUCUUAUCUAAACUCUCUUAUCUAAAAUCUAUACUUCGACAUAUCUUAGAUGUGGCAGAAAAAAAAAUGUGAUACAUAAAAAUAUCAAGUUAUGAAUUUGAUAGAACUUUAAUUAGAUUGAUUAUAUUAUUGAAAGGUUAAUAACAUUUAGAGUCUGAUAAGACAUUUCAGCUUCAUAUUAUGUGAAUUGUUUAUUCAACACAAAGUCAAGAUUAGACAAUUGUCAGAACCUAUUAAUCAUAUUUUAAAAUAUAUUGCGAAAUGAUCGCAAUAUAGCCGUUUUCUUAUUGAUUUAUCGUAUACAACAUUCGAAUAAAAAGUAUUUAACCGUACAUAUCCAUAUAUCUGUCAAUCUAUCUUCUAUCUGUCUAUCUAUCAAUUUAUCUGCCUGUUUAAAUUGUUUCUUUUCUGACGUAUUUUCGUGAUGACAAUAUUGUCAAGCUUCAAUAUUGCUAAAUCUAUGGACUGCAUAUCUGAAAUCAGACUUUCCUAACCAAUAUCAUCUUUCAUUCUUUAUUAUUUCAUACGUAUUCUAUAAUAGUGAAGUCAAUUUCUAUAUCGAAAUAUAGAUAUCUAAUAUAAUUGAGAUAUUAUUAAAUAUAUAGGAUUUGAAACGAAGCGUGGAUCAAUCCAGCAGUAAUGCAAUAUAUCGCGAAAAAUUUUUUGUGCAAACCGUUUGUGAUUAUCUUUUAUUUAUCUUUGUCGUUGAGAAUAUACCGAGACGCUCAAGAAAAUAGUAGUUCUUGCUAUGCCGGAAGCCUCACGAAUCCUGUUAUAGGUUCUCGAGAAUUGACCUCGAGAGAAUAAGACUUAUUACCAGUAUAUAUCACGAGAAACACUUCUCAAAGACAUUGUACACACAAAUGGGUUUUCGACUACUUUUAUCUUAAAAAUAUUUUUGUUACGAAAAA